AUGCACACCAACGGUCAGAACAGUCGGCAGUUACCGAGUCUGUCCUCAAACCUGAUCGGUAAAACAGCCAUUGUAACGGGCUCCUCCCGGGGCAUCGGUGCUGGCAUUGCGCUCGACCUUGGUCGCAGAGGUGCUGCGGUUGUUAUAACAUACACCAGCGAAAAGUCACUUCCAUCAGCAACCUCGGUGUCUCGCGCGAUCGAAGAGACAGGGUCAGGGGGGAAGGGCAUUCUAGUACAGGCCGAUAUCACCUCCGCGACAGAUCGACAGAGGCUCAUCGAUGCAGCCGUGGAAGCGAGUCCGAACAAAUCGAUCGAUAUACUAGUCCAUAAUGCGGGUAAUGGAGAUGACUGCUAUCUCAAAGAUAUUUCAGAGCAAUUUUUCGAAACUCUAGUGAAUGUGAAUUUGAAAGCUCCCGUGUUCCUUACUCAAGUCGCCGUACCUUACAUGCCUCGAGGCGGAAGAAUUGUACUUAUCACAUCUGCUGCAGCUCGCAUGGGCGUUGCGGAAACCACAGUGUAUGCGGCCAACAAGGCCGGUCUAGAAGCGUUUGCGAGGGUUUGGGCUACUGAGCUUGGUCAAUCUCAUGGAAUCACCGUCAAUUGCGUGAGUCCAGGCCCAAUUGCCACCGAACAAUUUCACAACAGUUCGCCGGAGUUCAAGCGAGCAUUGCAACCGAUGAUCGAAAGUACACCUGCUGAGGCACGGAUGGGAGAAGUGGAGGAUAUUGUACCUCUUGUGAGCUUCCUUUGCUCCGAAGAAUCGCGCUGGGUAACUGGCAGUGUCCUUAGUGGAACAGGUGGACUGCUGCUCUUCUAG